AUGAGCCUCCAACCUCCAAAGUCUUCACCCUCCAAAGCCUCCAACCUUCAAAGUCUUCACCCUCCAAAGUCUUCACCCUCCAAAGCCUCCAACCUCCAAAGUCUUCACCCUCCAAAGCCUCCAAACUCCAAAGUCUUCACCCUCCAAAGCCUCCAAACUCCAAAGUCUUCACCCUCCAAAGUCUUCACCCUCCAAAGUCUUCAACCUCCAAAGUCUCUCACCCUUCACCCUCCAAAGCCUCCACCCUCCAAAGUCUUCACCCUCCAAAGCCUCCAACCUCCAAAGUCUUCACCCUCCAAAGCCUCCAAACUCCAAAGUCUUCACCCUCCAAAGCCUCCAACCUCCAAAGUCUUCACCCUCCAAAGCCUCCAACCUCCAAAGUCUUCACCCUCCAAAGUCUUCACCCUCCAAAGCCUCCAACCUCCAAAGUCUUCACCCUCCAAAGCCUCCAACCUCCAAAGUCUUCACCCUCCAAAGCCUCCACCCUCCAAAGUCUUCACCCUCCAAAGCCUUCACCCUCCAAAGCCUCCAACCUCCAAAGUCUUCACCCCCAAACUCCAAAGCCUCCAACCUCCAAAGUCUUCACCCUCCAAAGUCUUCACCCUCCAAAGCCUCCCCUCCAAAGUCUUCACCCUCCAAAGCCUCCACCCUCCAAAGCCUUCACCCUCCAAAGUCUUCACCCUCCAAAACCUCCAACCUUCAAAGUCUUCACCCUCCAAAGCCUCCAACCUUCAAAGUCUUCACCCUCCAAAGCCUCCAACCUUCAAAGUCUUCACCCUCCAAAGCCUCCAACCUCCAAAGUCUUCACCCUCCAAAGCCUCCAACCUCCAAAGUCUUCACCCUCCAAAGCCUCCACCCUCCAAAGUCUUCACCCUCCAAAGUCUUCAACCUCCAAAGCUCACCUCCAAAGUCUUCACCCUCCAAAGCCUCCCCUCCAAAUCCUCCAACCUUCAAAAUCUUCACCCCAAGCCCUCCAAACCCAAAGCCUCUGACCUCCAAUAUAAAAACUGA